AUGGAUUACGGCCAAAGAAAGGUUGCCGAACUGAAAAUUGAGCUCAAAAAGAGAGGCGCAAAAGUCACUGGUACUAAAGAAAAGCUCAUUGAAAGGCUAAAUGACUAUGACAGAAACAACAACUUCAAAUCAAAUGAAAAUGAUAAUUCUCAUCUCUUAAAUGAAUUUAUUUAUUAUAGUAGCUACGACUUGUACAAUCUUAUUGACUGUACUGUAGCAAGCGAGGUGGUGAAUCAUGAGAAGUUGUAG